UUUUUUUAACUCCUCUCGCUUGAGCGGUCAGGACGGACACAACAAGCCUCCUCUCCUGUUUUCACUCCCUUUUUGACCACCGGGAAGCGGCUGGACCUGACCAGACGGACAAGAAGAACCCCUGAGCCUCACCUGGAAGAAAAUGAAGUGGGACGUGCUUCUUUCCGUGUUGCUGGCCACCAUCUGUCUGCUUGUCCUUCCUACGUCCUCGAACCACCAGAACGCGCCAGAUGACGCGAAGCUCCUCCAUGUGACCAUCCCCGACGGUCCACUCGUGUCUGCUGAGUUGGGCGCCUCGCUGACCUUGACCUGCUUAGUGUCACUGGCUCACCCGCCGCCCGCACCCUCCACCAACGGCCGCCAUGCCGUCCUGUCUCUACCAAGGGUCAAGUGGGGCCUGGUAGGCGACGACAAAAAGACGGAGAUCCUGGUCGCCCGCGGCGACAGGGUGCAAGUCAGCGAGGCCUACGAGAGCCGAGCCUCGCUGCUUCAUUACGGUGUCUCCCCGGCCGACCUGACGCUCAGGCUGGAGGGUGUAAGGCACGGUGAUGCUGGUUUGUACCGCUGUGAGGUGCAGCAGGGCCCCGAGGAUGCCUUUGAUGUCACAGAGGUUAAGGUUAAAGGGUUGGUGUUCCAUCAUCAGGACGCAUCCAACCCCCACUCCUUCACCUUCGAGCAAGCACGCCAGGCCUGCCAGGCUAUCGGGGCCCAAAUCGCGACUCCCGAGCAGCUCCUGGCGUCCUUUCAUGGCGGAUACGAGCGGUGCCACGCAGGCUGGCUCUCGGACCGCUCGGUCAGAUAUCCCGUUCAGGAGCCGAGAGACGGCUGCCUGGGCGAUGCUGAUGGACUUCCAGGAGUGAGGAACGUUGGAGCAUUCGAGCCUGAGCAGGUGUUUGAUGUCUACUGCUAUGUGGGGGAUAUUGCAGGUGAGGUCUUCCAUGGCUCCGCCCCCAAGCGUUUCACCUUCUGGGAAGCCAAAGCUCACUGUCUGAGGGAGGGGGCGGAGCUAGCCAGCCCCGCCCAGCUUUAUGCAGCUUGGAACGAGGGACUGAACCACUGCAGCUCAGGGUGGCUGAAAGAUGGUAGCGUGCGGCACCCCAUCCCAACGCCAGGGGGACGCUGCGGAAAUGUGGAACCUGUGGGGCCAAGCAACCAGACGAUGUUCCCGGAAGAUCAGAGCCGGCAUGACGUCUACUGCUUCAGAGGUGAUCUUUACAUCCCAUCUCCAUCGUCUCCUCUUACCACUGAGCCAGAGCAUAUCAACUAUCUUCGCUCUAAACUCCCCAUCACGGCGGAGACAACCACUGCAGGGGAGGAGGAGGUCCAGACAAUAAGUUCUGUAACACAAAACCCUCUGGAGAAGGAUCCUUUGACGAGUGGGGUUCCUCAGUCUGUCACUCUGGAGCCCGAGGAGAUCAGCGAGUCCCAUCAUGAAGAGCAUCACAUAGAGCCUGGUCAUCAUCUAGUGUCCUCAGAGCCGCCAAGCCUGGAGAUCUCCAUUUCGAAUUCAGCAUCAAGACCAGAGGAGCUCAGCAGCUCCUCAGAGAAGCAUCAUCACAUGGCUCACACCCACGUCUCAGAGGCUACGCCGCUCCAUCUCAGCACCCCUGGAGAUGUUUCUGGACAGGAGGCUGGAGUAUCUGAUGUGACGUCAUCCAUCCAAACUUCGUCUCAUACUGAAGAACCUAAUUUCUCCACUGUGUCGCCUUCUUCGUACAACAACACACCAGAGGACCAUCCAGAGGAGCGCGAGUCUGGAGAGGGGAGAGCAAACCCAGUGAUGGACAUCCUGGUUGCCAAGGAAACCAUCACAAUAGCCUCCUCAAAGCCAUCAUUUGAGUCAAGUUCUGAUGCUGGUGAGGAGCACUCAGGUGUGGCGUCCAUCACUACAGCGACACCAGGUGACAUCAGUGGACACGCCCAUCAUGCAGAGAUCCCAACAGCAGAGGUUAUCGUGAUCCCAGGCUUGAUCCACUCCUCUGGGAGCCCACUCAGCACCACCACAGAGGUUGUUAGCUUGAUCCCAGACAGCACUGAACCACAUGAUCACACAGAAUCAGUCCACAACGUCUCAGACCAUGAUGGACCUGAUUACACAAGGGAAACCACAGCCAAAGAAUCAGGUUUCUGGUCAGAAGACAGUCCAGAGGGCCUGGUCAUAUCAAACCCAACUCAAUUACCGGAUCACCACAGUGAAUUUGGAACACACGAACCUGAAACCACACAGAUCCCUCAUGUGACACCACACUGGGAACCAGAACCUACCUCUUCCACGCUGCAGGCGUCUGGAUCCAACACAGAGUCCAGUACUCCCCUUUUAGUAACCUUGCAUGAAGUCACAAAGGAUGGAGCAGUGGAGUGGACCGCGAGCACCACGAGUGGACCUCAGGGAGCGGAAGAGGAGACCAGUACUGCAUUGGGUAAAAGAUGCACUGGAUGUCACCUCCAAGACCACACCUUAGAAAACUUCACAGACCCAACUGUGGAGCCAGAAGUGCCGACUGCCAUGGCUGCUAGACGAGAAGUCAUCUUAAGUACUGACUCGUGCCGGGAGCGGCCAUGUUUGAAUGGAGGAACGUGCGUGGACGGCAAGGUGCCCACGUGCCUCUGCCUGCCCGGGUACGGCGGCGUCCUCUGCCAGACAGACGCUGAGGCGUGCGAGGAAGGCUGGGAGAAGUUUCAAAGCUUCUGCUAUCGUCACGUGACCUCGCGGCAGAGCUGGGAGGGGGCGGAGCAACACUGCCGGACGAUUGGCGGGCACCUCGUCUCCAUCAUGACCCCUGAGGAGCAACAUCACAUCAAUGAAAAAUACAAAGAAUAUCAGUGGAUCGGCCUGAAUGACAAAACCAUCGAGGGAGACUUUCGCUGGUCGGACGGGAACCUUCUGCUGUUUGAGAACUGGCACAGAGGACAGCCUGACAGCUACUUCCUGUCCGGAGAGGACUGCGUCGCCAUGGUGUGGCACGACGGUGGGCGCUGGAGCGACGUGCCGUGCAACUACCACCUGUCCUACACCUGCAAGAAGGGCCUAUCGUCCUGCGGUCAACCUCCAGCUGUUCCCAACUCCAAGCUCUUUGGUAAGACACGUGCACGCUACGAGACGCACGCCAAGGUGCGCUACCACUGUGAGCAGGGCUUCAUGCAGAAGAUGAAUCCUGUCAUCAGCUGCUUGCCCAGCGGCCAGUGGGAGGAGCCAAUGAUCACCUGCCUGCCAGCUCUCUCGCAGGAGGAACGCUCAGUGAGUUCAGCUCCUCAGACACGGAAGGAGGAGGAGGUGACGGAGGCCCACACCGAGAGCAGCUCUCCACGUCUGGGACAUUCAUAAGUAGAACAUCUUAAGUCUUCCUCUUCGUUACGGACUGUCACUAACCUUAGUUUUUCAAAUAAAAUCAUUGUAAUCCAGAACAGUACAUUCAUGUCAACAAGCAGCUGUGCUUUGAAUUCAUCAAUAAAUGUUCUUCUGGGUCACUUGAUCUUUCCUUGAUCAGCAUCCUUUGCUCAUGACAACUACAAACUUCAUGUUUAUUUGACUUUUGAGGCAUGUUUUUUCCAGAAAUUUUGCUUUUUAACUUCAUAUCUUUUUAACUGGCUUACAGACGUUCCUAGACGUUGAUAGACG